CCUGCGAAUGACGACACACUGUCGCAUAGUUGUAUAAUCAAACAACAUGGCUGCGUCCAUGAGACUGCUGGUCCGGAGGGUGAUCCGACAUUCUCACAGAAAUGUUAACGGUACCGCUGCUGGACUUCCAGGUCGGUCGGGUUGCUGUUGGGCGCCGUCGUCCUGUCGUUGUUUCAGCGAUGCAGCUGGAGACAAAAAUACACAUUUUGGUUUCGAAACGGUGUCCGAGUCAGAGAAGGCGAAGAAAGUCUAUAAAGUCUUUGAGAAUGUGGCUCAGAAGUAUGACAUCAUGAACGACGCCAUGAGUCUGGGGAUUCAUCGAAUGUGGAAGGACAUGUUGCUUCACGUCAUGCACCCGCAACCUGGGGUGCGACUCCUGGAUGUGGCGGGUGGAACAGGUGACAUUGCCUUCCGUUUCCUGGAGUACGUUCGCUCUCAACAGGAACGGCAGAAGCGGCGGGUGGCACGAUCCAUGCAGACGCCGUCGUGGCAGGACAUUUCCAACAGCUACUCCACAGAGGAAGAAGACGGGCCUCAGGAAUCCACGGCUGUGGUCUGUGACAUCAACAAGGAGAUGCUGAAAGUGGGCAAGCAGAAAGCGGACAGUAUGGGCAUCAAUGCUGGUCUGUCGUGGGUUGUGGGGGAUGCAGAGGAGCUACCGUUUGAUGAUGACCAGUUUGAUAUUUAUACCAUCGCCUUUGGCAUCCGAAACGUCACCCAUAUAGAUCAGGCACUGCAGGAGGCUCAGCGGGUCCUGAAACCUGGUGGCAGGUUCAUGUGCUUAGAAUUCAGCAAAGUGACAAAUCCCGUGUUGGCAAGGCUUUAUGACACGUACAGUUUCCAGAUGAUCCCAGUUUUGGGAGAGGUGAUUGCUGGAGACUGGAAAUCGUACCAAUAUUUGGUAGAAAGCAUCCGCAAGUUCCCAGAUCAGGAAGAGUUUAAAGGAAUGAUUGAGGACGCAGGUUUCUACUGUGUGCGGUACUACAACCUCACUGGCGGAGUAGUGGCUCUUCACUCUGGUUUCAAGCUGUGAGAUGCACUCCUAACACCUAAAACAGACUGGCUGCGUGUUUCAGGCUUUUUCCACCUGUAUGACAAACUGUCUGCAGAGUUCUCAGACAUUAAUUUCAUAACACGAAGCAGCAGAGCUCAUUUCUGCAGAUGUUUCUGCAUAGUAACAGAAAAUCAGGUCAGAUGACAUAUUUAUUGACUUUUUUUCCUGUUGAUUAAACUGUACUGAAAACUGUACUUUAUACCAAUAUUAGUGUAAAGAAUGCCACAUUAAAAACAAAAUGUCAUUGUGUCUGUGUCAUCGGUGUUAAGAAAACUGGCGAGUGAGUUAAAACAUUUGAAUACAGGCUGCUUUGUUUAUUUUUUGUAACACCUAUGUUUGGCAGUGAAUAAUAAAACUUGCAAAAGCUGA